UUGUCUGGGGAUUUGUGUACUAGUUGCAAUGCUGUCAUUCCUGCUCAGUGUAACUCAGUCUCACCAUUUAUUUGUGCCUAAUACGAUAAAGUUGAAAAUAUGUUCAUCAGAAAUCUAUAGGUUAUGUCUUGACACACAUUUCUGGAUCCAUAACCAUUCUUCAAAGCACUUAUCCUACUGGAUGAAUUUAUGAAGACAGUUUAAACACCAAAGAAUUAUACAUGUAUAGUUAUGAUACAUCACUUUAUUGCAGAUCAUGAACUUUGUUUGAAAACUAUAAAGCGGCCUGGCUUUUACAGUGCCCUUUAUCCUUAUUUGAAUGCAUGUUUCUUCUUGAUGUCCUGAAAUUGGGUCCAUCAGGGCCCUCCACACAUCACUGUCCAGUCAACGCUUUCAACUGUUUUUGAACAUUAUAAUGUCGAUCUCAGCACAUGCCUGCGGGGCAGUGAAGCGAACAGGUGAGAGAGAAAGAGACUGUGUGUAUGAGUGUGGUGGAAAAAAAAAGUGUGUGUAUGAGUGCAUGCGUGUGUGUCAGUGGUUGGAGAGAAAGCGAGCCAGAGAGAGUUUGCUUACACUGUGCAUGCCAGGUUCAUAGCAGCCAGUUAGAGAGUUAAAUAGAGAGGGGUCACAAAAUCAUUACAUUUAUGUGAAAAGUCUUUUAUGUGAUUUACUGUGAAAAGUGGCUGUGUCUUUAUUGAUUCGGUCAAUUUUCCUAAACGUCAUUUGAUAAACUGUGCCGGGGACUGGCGAGUGCUUCAUCAGGGCUGACCGUUCGGAUCUUACGCAGAGCCGUGAAAUGCUGUACUGUACUUUCUCUCUAGGCUAGAAAUCGUGAAGCAUGGGUGACUGGAGCUUUCUUGGGCGGCUCUUGGAGAAUGCACAGGAACACUCAACUGUGAUCGGCAAAGUCUGGCUGACAGUACUCUUCAUUUUUAGGAUUCUGGUGUUGGGGGCAGCGGCCGAGGAGGUCUGGGGGGAUGAGCAGUCUGACUUCACCUGUAACACACAGCAGCCCGGCUGCGAGAACGUCUGUUACGACGAGGCCUUCCCCAUCUCCCACAUCCGCUUCUGGGUGCUCCAAAUCAUCUUUGUGUCCACGCCGACACUCAUCUACCUGGGCCAUGUACUGCACAUCGUUCGCAUGGAGGAAAAGAGGAAAGAACGCGAGGAGGAGCUUCGAAAGGCGAGCAGACUCCAGGAGGAGAAAGAACUCCUGUACAGAAACGGAGGUGGAGGGGAUUCGGGAGGACGGGGUGGGGGCGGUGGCGGAAAAAAGGAAAAACCGCCAAUCAGAGACGAGCAUGGGAAAAUCCGUAUCAGAGGUGCCUUGCUGCGCACCUAUGUGUUCAACAUAAUUUUCAAGACGCUGUUUGAAGUGGGCUUUAUUUUAGGUCAGUAUUUCCUCUAUGGUUUCCAGUUAAGGCCCUUGUAUAAGUGCGCGCGGUGGCCCUGCCCGAACACGGUGGACUGCUUCCUUUCCCGGCCCACAGAAAAAACCAUCUUCAUCAUAUUUAUGCUUGUGGUGGCUUGCGUGUCCCUUUUGCUGAAUUUGUUAGAAAUCUAUCACCUUGGAUGGAAGAAAGUCAAACAGGGUAUGACCAAUGAGUUUGCCCCUGACCAUGAGUUACUGCCCGAUUCGGAUGAAGCAGAGCCCGAGUCCGUGAUCACAUCUCCCAGAACUGCCCCACCCACCCUCAGCUACCCGCCACACUACACGGAGGUGGCGGUGGGUGGCAGUCCCUUCCUGCAGCCUGUGUCGGCACCCUCCACAGCAGAGUUCAAGAUGGACCCUCUGCACGAGGAGCUGGUGGAGUCCUCGCCUUUCUACAUCAGUAACAACAACCACAGGCUGGCCGCUGAGCAGAACUGGGCCAACCUGGCCACCGAGCAGCAGACUCGGGAGAUGAACGCCGCCUCCCAGUCGCCUUCCUCCUCCUCCUCUCGUUCCUCUGAUAAGGGGCGGAAAGCCAAAGAUGCUGCUCAACCCACCUGCACCCCCACCUCGACUGGUGACAGUUUGAGUGGUGGGGCAGAGGAGGGCCACGUCACCACUACAGUGGAGAUGCACGAGCCACCCAUCAUUUUCACUGAUGCUCGACGACUGAGCAGGGCUAGUAAAGCCAGCAGUGUAAGAGCAAGACCCAAUGAUCUGGCAGUGUAGUUGCCCUCUACCCCAACUCCAAAGCUCAGAUUUACUUACAUGCAAAAACACAACAAAUACAUUCUCACAAAAAGAGGAAAUGAGAGGCAGAUUGCUGGAACUUAAAAGUUAUCCUGAAGAUAAUUCCAUUCAUAAAUAUUUCUGAGCCGUGCAAUCAGUGAGUUGAGUCUGUGAGCAGUGUUAAAUGGUCUCCUGCAGAACUGCUCUGAAGGGGUUCAUUUUCAACUUUUCUGAAUUAAUUUGUGGUUAUGAAGUCAUUGAAUGGAGUGACAUACUUGAUGCAGUUCUGGUGUACAGGCAAAGUAAUUACGCACCUUCGCUCGGUUUUAAUACAGUCAGGUCAAGCAUACUAGAAAACAAAGUUCCGAUGGUCAUUAUGUCUACAUGUAUGUGAUUUGUUGAAAAAAUUGUACCUGGAAAUUAGUCAUGAAACAAUGACAAGGCCUUAAUGUUCUGGAGCAUAAUAUGUGUCAGGUUGUACAUUGCUCGGGAGAAAAGUUUAAAAAUCAGCACAAAUUCAGCACUUUCUCUUUGCUGUUGCAGAUUGUCCUUUAUUUAGUUUUGUUUUUUGUGCCAUCAAUUCCAUUUAGUAAUAAUUGUAUCCAAGUUUUAUUCAUAAAAUUUUGUAAAUAAACAAAAUAACACAAAUCAAUUUGAUGGAAUUUUGUUAUGAAAUUGAAAAGUGUAAAUCUUAAAAAUAGGCCAAAAUGUUUUUUGUUUUGUUUUUUUAUGAUAUGGGCUGCUAAAUUAUUGAAAAUUGAGUCCACACCUUAGGUGUGCAAGAAAGGUAAAAUAAUUUAACGGUCCAUCACCAGUUGUUCCUUACAUGUAUUAGCACUGACUAGACACAGGUUCAUUAAGCUUAAAGCUUUAGGCACAACUCAGUGAUUCACAUUUUCAGAAACUGGUUCCAUCUACUUAUUAUUAGCUAGUCAUGGCAUUGAUGGAGGAAGAAAAUUGAGGAUUAAGGAACAAUUAUGGACUACAGCAAGAAUAUUAAGAGGAAAAGUAAAUACUUGAAUGCCCUCUAAGUUAAAAUCACUCAACACAGAAAUGAUAAAAUAUUAUGAAUGAUAGAAUUAGAAAUGAGAUAUAAAAAUGAUUCAUGAGAUAUAAAAUGAUAAAUGAGAUAUAAAAAUGAUUCACCAUAGUUGAAGGAACUAGUUCAAGUUGAUAAAUUCCUAAAUGCCGAUCUUUUACUGUUCUCUGUUCAGUUAUUCCAGAAUCUGUCUCAUCGUUUCCUCACUCUAGAGAAAAUCUAAAUGUUGGGGGAAGAACCCACAGUAAAAAGCACAUUGCAAACCUCUAUGCUUCACUAUAAAUAUAUUAUACAAACAGAGGAUCAGGUUAACCGUACAUUUGAAAUGAAAAUAUUACAAACAAUGUCAAAUUUGGAGGCAAAUGACAGUGAAACAUUUAGAUAACUGAGUUUUAAUUAAUAUAUUUUGUGUAUUCCCUGGACCAUGUUUCUUUUUUCCCCAUUUCCAUUCUUUAUUUUUUAUUAUUUUCAAUCCCAUGAUCUGAAGUUCACCUCUUGCUCCUGUAUUACAUUUGAGAGUUUUGAUUUACAUCCAUGUCCAGUAUUUGCCAUCAGAAAAACAUGAUCAAUUUUUGAUGUUAAUCUGAUGUGGGGUGGGAAGGGGGGGGGGGGGAGGAGUGGUACUAACUCUCAUUCAUGUGACAUUUGAAAUCCUUAUUGCUUUUAUUUUUAAAAGUUUGUACAAAAAUUAAGGAAUUGGUUGAGAAUGAGUACAAAAACAUUUAUCGGAACAUUGCUUUUCUGUAGUCAGUUCAUUGAAAGUAGUUAUUUAAAAAUGGACAUACAGAGAUGCUGAUAGGAAGUUCCACAUUUCUCUUUUUUUGUCCAGUUUCAGGUUACUGUGAGGCCCUCAUUUUCACUGACUACUACUGCUGUUAUAAGCUAGGACAUGCACAGCCUUUGUCAUAGUAUUAGUAAAGACAGGCCAUCCAUAAAAACCAUAAAAAUAAACUCCUUUCCUUUGGGACCCUUUGAAACUAAAUGUACUUUUCUUUUAUUGUUAGGUGCAUGUUUUGCAAUCCAAUUAAAGAGACAGUUGAAGGCUGCCCUAAAUUAGAACCAUUGCCUCAUCAUACAGAGACUGUGCAGGUUUUGGCUCGUGACGGUAAUAAUUUCGCUUUAAUCAGAUCACACUAUUUACAGAUGUAUUUUAUUUAUUUUCUGUUGUUUUAAUGUAUCCAAAACAAAAGUGUGUUAUUUCGUCAUUUUUGGUUCUUAAAGUUUACAUUUUAGUAAAUAGUUGAAGAUUUGCACAUUUAGGCAAAAUACACUGUUCAAUAAUUCUUACAUUGAUAGAAAGGAGGAAAUAUAUUUUGAUCCUUAAAGGAAAAUGUCUUAAUGGUAAAACUUGUUGUGUUAAUGGCAGUAUUAUUCCACUUAAAUAACAUCAAAUGUAAUUCAUAAAAACAGCACUUGUAGAGUAUAAGAAAUAUACACGUUUCCCAUGUUUUAUUUUAGGACUGUUGUGGUGGCCUGAAAGGACCGCAGGAAAUUUGAACUUUAUGGAUUGUAACAUUUAAUUAAUUCUGAAUUUUAAUUGGCCAGCCAGCUCUUUCCUAUCUCAAUCCGUUUGUAGUGUACUUAGUUGCAGCCCAUUAUUCUCAGAUAACACUCAUUUCUUGAACUUCUUGAACUGAUUAUCUCAAGCAGAGCUGAUUAUUCUGACCAAUCAGGGAAAUGAACCACCUACAUAUGCUCAGAACAGCAGCCUGUUUAAAUGCUGUCUCAAGAGAAGUGCCUUGUGUAUUAAAUUUUAUAAGAACAAGUUGAUGUAAAUGUUCAUUUACCUCAAAUGUUUACAAAGCUGUUACUAAAUAAACUUUUUGUA